GGGUUCACUCACAUGUUCGCCGGUGAUUUUGAUAGCCACAAGUACCCAAUAUAUUACUAUCUGUUGUACGUUUCGGUGUAGACUUUAUUGCCAUAUACGGGAGUAUAGCAAAUAAUAUCUGUUGAAACGUUCCUGCCCUCUGCAGAAAAUAAUACCAUUGCAUUCGACAUGGGCUCUUUAUCAAUUGCAGUUUUCUGCCUCCUGGCAAUCGCCUGCACAUUUGACACCACAUGUGCAACAUUCGGCAAAAAAGAACAUGUACACAUUCGUGUUCAUGUGCCAACCAUCGUGAAGGAAGUUUACGUAAAAAAACCAGUUCACCAUCACGAACACCAUGAUGAUCAUUAUUCUGAUCACAGCGAUCAUGGUAGUUCAUCCGGUGGUUACGGAGGAUCCUCCAGUAGUUAUGGUAGUGGUGGAGAUGAUUCGUAUAGUGGUCAUGGAACUUCUGGAAUUUAUGAUUCUGGAUCAAGUGGACAUGGUAGUAGCUAUGAUGAUAGUUCAUCGAGCAGUUAUAGUAGUGGACCGUCUUCGUCCGAUGAAUAUAGUUCCAGCGAUCAUGGAUCAGGUGGAUAUGGCGGAUCAUCUGGUGGUUACAGCGGUUCAUCAGGAUUCAGUGGAUCUUCCGGUGGUUAUGGUGGAUCAUCAGGAGGAUAUAGUGGAUCUUCCGGUGGUCAUGGUGGUUCAUCAGGAGGAUAUGGCGGAUCUUCCGGUGGCCAUGGUGACUUGUCAGGAGGAUUCGGAGGAUCUUCCGGCGGAUAUGGUGGUUCAUCAGGAGGAUAUGGUGGAUCUUCCGGUGGUCAUGGUGGCUUAUCAGGAGGAUUCGGUGGAUCUUCUGGUGGAUAUGGUAGUUCAUCAGGAGGAUAUGGUGGAUCUUCCGGUGGCCACGGUGGUUCGUCAGGAGGAUUCGGUGGAUCUUCCGGCGGAUAUGGUGGUUCAUCAGGAGGAUAUGGUGGAUCUUCCGGCGGAUAUGGUGGUUCAUCAGGAGGAUAUGGUGGAUCUUCCAGUGGUCAUGGUGGCUUAUCAGGAGGAUUCGGUGGAUCUUCUGGUGGAUAUGGUAGUUCAUCAGGAGGAUAUGGUGGAUCUUCCGGUGGCCACGGUGGUUCGUCAGGAGGAUUCGGUGGAUCUUCCGGCGGAUAUGGUGGUUCAUCAGGAGGAUAUGGUGGUUCUUCGAGUGGAAUUUUAUUCAGUGGAUAUUCUGCAAGUAAUCACAAAGGAUCAUCUGGUGGAUACGGAGGAAGCUCUUUAGGAGGACAUGGGGGAAGCUCAUCUGGAGGAUAUGGGGGAAGCUCAUCUGGAGGAUAUGGUGGAAGUUCAUUUGGAGGACAUGGAGGAAGCUCAUCUGGAGGAUAUGGUGGGAGUUCAGGAGGUGGUUAUGGCGGUAGUUCAUUAGGUGGACACGGAGGAAGCUCAUCUGGAGGAUAUAGUGGAAGUUCAGGAGGUGGAUAUGGUGGUAGUUCAUUAGGUGGACACGGUGGAAGUUCAGGAGGUGGAUAUGGAGGUAGCUCGUCUGGAGGAUAUGGUGGAAGUUCAUUUGGAGGACACGUAGGAAGCUCAUCUGGAGGAUAUGGUGGAAGUUCAGGAGGUGGAUAUGGUGGUAGUUCAUUAGGUGGACACGGUGGAAGUUCUUCUGGAGGAUAUGAAGGAAGUUCGGGAGGUUUUGGAGGCUACUCGGGUGGUAGUGAUCAUGGUUCCAGCUCUGGUGGAGACACCUAUUCAGCUCCAGGACAGGAUAGCUAUGGACCAGCAGGGGAGAGUUUUCCUUAUACUAAAAAAUGAGCCACUAUAAAAUUCCAAAACAAAUACGUUAAUUUUUAACAUGAGUUUAAUUUUUUUUUUAUUGUUACAUACGUUAUUGCUAUUGAUUUGUAUCUAAUGUGGAAACAAUUGUGAAAUGUUUCCAUUUCCUAAGACUGACUUAUCUGUUUUUAUUAAUAAUUAUAAAAAUAAACACAUUUUAUUAGAA